CGAGCGGAGUUCCGUCGUCGAGCUGUUUCACAGGAGAAUCCCUCAAUAUGCCGCCGCUGCCGCAGGUUCCCCCCUUUGCGUAAGAUAGUCGAUUUCAGGGGAGCCGGUAAAGUAUUUCCUGGGCAAUUCUCUAAAACCUCGAAACUUGGUAGCAGUCGUGCAACAUUGUGUGUUUGCGUGCUAAAUUGCGGUACAUCAAACGAUGCGCAUGACGUCGAGAGUCAAAGAGUUAAUGACUGUGAGCAUUGUCGCGAUGACAAUGACGGCGAGGACGAGCGCGGCUGGGAGAAACGCGGAGGGCGCAUCGUUGAACAUGUCGGAAUUAUUAAACGCCGCCGCGUAGCGCCAUAAUGAACAUCCGGUGAGAAAAAAGGAGCACGGGGCAAGGGGCAGAGCGGAGAGGGAGCGUUUGGAGCGCAACGCGGGCUUAAAGAACGGCCGUCGUUACAGGACGCGCCGCGCCGGGGCGAACAAAUCGCCAUACGUGUAACGUAAAUCCUGGUGGUCGUGUGUCCGCGGUCAACGAACUCCUUUUCCUUCUUUCGCGCAGCUUGCAUGGGUGGAUUCUCGUUGGGAUGCGGCCUCGGUUGGAGCGCGCCGUGCGUCGAAAUACUGAGGAGCCAGUUGGACGACUUGGCGAUAAACGUGAUCGCGUCGGUGUUCCCGAUAGGCGCGGCGCUAGGCACCCUCGCCGUGCCCCUGCUGGUCGACAGGAUCGGCCGGAAGUGGACGAUGAUGGUCCUGGUGCCAGUCUUCGUCAGCGGCUGGAUUCUGCUCAUCUGCGCCGGCACGGCGGUGCCAUUAUUCGUCAUCGGCAGGAUCCUGACCGGCGCCUGUGGCGGCAUGUGCUGCGUCCUGGCGCCCAUGUACUCGGCUGAGAUCUCCGAGAAACAGAUCAGAGGGACGACGGGCGUUUUCUUCCAGUUGCUGCUCGUGAUCGGUAUACUAUAUGUAUACUGCACCGGUUUCACGCGGAACGUGGUCGCGAUAUCCAGCCUCUGUUGCAUCGCGCCGAUCGUGUUCGGCGUGACGAUGGUCUUUAUGCCGGAGAGCCCGCUGUUCUACUUGACCAAAAAUAAGGAAGAACUCGCGCGAAAGUCCAUGCGGUUCUUCCGCGGGCCUGAUUUCGAUAUCGAACCGGAGAUGAAUGCGUUCAAGGAACAAGUGGAGAGAAGCAGGUUCCAAAGAGCAAGUAUCUCGGCCUUCAUGAGCAAGCCCGUGUUGAAGACUCUGGCCGUGGCCUACGGUCUAAUGUUUGCCCAGCAAUUCAGCGGCAUUAAUGCCAUAAUAUUCUACGGCUUGACGAUCCUCGAGGCGACGGGCGUCGGCAUGGAGUCGCAGCUGGAGCUGGUCAUUUUCGGUGUCGUCCAGGUGGUAGCUUGCGUGGCGGCGACUCUGUUGAUCGACAAGCUGGGACGCAAGCUGCUCAUGGCGAUCUCCUUGGCGACGAUGUGCGUCUGCUUGUCGGCCUUGGCGGGUUUCUUCAUCCUGAAGCGCUAUCAGCCGGAGCUGGCAGAUCAAAUGCACUGGCUGCCGCUCACGUCGGUGUGCGUCUACAUACUCGCCUUCUGCUUCGGAGCUGGACCAAUUCCGUGGGCCUACAUGGGCGAGAUUUUCCCUACGCGCCUGAAGGGUGCAGCGUCGUCUAGCGCGGCUUGCUUCAAUUGGCUACUGGCAUUUAUGGUUACGAUAUCCUUUCCAAGUGCCGUUCAAGUGCUGGAUGAUGCCGUGGUGUUUUCCUUCUUUGCCGUCUUGUGUGCCCUGGGCAUGUUAUUUGUGAUCUUCUUCAUGGUGGAGACUAAAGGCAAAACAUUUGCGGAAAUUGAACAGGCAUAUGGGACCCACGUGCCCGUGCAGGACGAAGAGUUGCCCAGCGCGGAGUGAAGCAAAGAUUUUCUCAUGAAACAGCCACCCAUCGAACAGGCAGAAAAGCUUCCCAUAGAAGACGAGUUGGGAUGAGAAAACGCGGGAUUUUUGUUUUACGUUCAUUUGAUCGCACAGUUCGAUGCAUUCAUCAGUUUUGAGGUUGUCGAUGACACACGAUAUUAUCCUCUAAAGAUAAAUCACAA